GCCACCCGAGAUCGAACUCGGUUCGUUUGUCGCCAGACUCAGGUCGCACUACAAGGCAUUUGACGUGGCCUCGUACGCCCCAGAUCUAGAUGUGAAGCUGGGGCGCCGGCGCCGCGCGAUGUUCAACCAGAAGCUCCAGAAGCUGAAGGCGGUGCUCAACGGGGACUGGUCGGUGAAUCGGUUAACCCACCACUGCCUUACACCGAGCUGUUGCAACAACUUCGAUGCUGCGGUGACUAAGGCAAGGGUUGCGGACGCCUUGAUCGGGGUGGUGCUCGCCUCGAUGCCGCCGAUCCCAGCUGCGAACAAGUGGACGAAAGUCGGGCCCGCCCUGGAUUUCUUUCUCGCGGGGCUCCUGGUGCACGGCGUGUUCGCGCGGAUGUACGCCCGCGCUUUCGACAAGUUCACGAAGGCCGAGGCCGACCCCAACCCAGGCGGCGACGAGGCGCAGCACGAUCAAACAUUCAUUGAGUCAGUCGAUUGGCACAAGAUUGCGGGCAGGAGGUGCCGCGCUGGCUAUAACUUCCUCGUCAGCCCGAAUUUCAAGACGGAGCUGCCAGCAUCGUGCAUCGCCCUGGAGUCGGUCCGCUACCUCGCGAAGUGGUUCAUGGAGCAGUGCUCCAGGAAACAGCUGCCUUGCAGGGUGCCGCCGAUCAGCGUGAUGGCCGGGGACCUGGAUUCGCCCAUCACCGCCGCCCUUCAGAACAUCUCUUGGCUAUUAUCAGGGGGCGCGCCCCGAUUGGAGCUCAUCUGGAGGGAACGCCCAGACGGGCUCAAGCUGCUCAAGAGGGCCUUGCUCGUCGUCGGGAGCUGGAUCUACAGGCGCCACUACGCCUCGUCUCAUUCGUACCCGUGGCGGCUGGCGGCUCUCGCGGACAUGCGGCUGGGCACUGAGAGCAGGCGCAGCGUGGCUCGGGAGUUCGUCACCAAGAACUUGUGUUGCCUCGACGAGUUCUUCAGCCGCAAGCUCAGGGUCAAGGCGGUUUCGGAGGCAGGCUCGAUCCGAUUUCCUAACGAGGACGAUUUCAUGCAACCCGAUGCCCUCCCCAGCGUUCUUGCUCGGUGGGCCCAGGGUGUUAGCGCAUCGAUCGGGGACGUCGAGUUCAGGCACGCUCAGAACCGAAAGAACGCCAGCGAGGGCAUGCACUGGAGCCACUUCACAGCCUGCUACGUGAACACCGAAUCCAAAAGCAUGGCGAAAACUGACGAGGAGGGCAUUCGUCGCGAGAUCGACCUGGAGGAGCGGUCACGUGCUGCAGAGAACCGAUCAUCAGGCCCAUCAAGUGCAGAUGUACCUCCACCGCCGCCCCCUCAUGGAGCUGGCGACGCAGGCGGAGGCGGUUACUACAGGACGAAGAAGACGUCGGCCAAGCUGCUGUACCGCAAAGACAAGAUGAGGAUCGACAGCGCGUCUGGGAGGAAGUUCAACCCAGUGUCCAAGGAGUGCUGGAAGGAGGUGGACGACGAGUUCGCCGAGAUGCAGGAGACUGACCCGUUCAGGUACGACAACUAUGUUAGUCGGGCUGAUUCUACGGGCACAGGCACGGGAAGCUAA